UUGGUUUGUUAAAUUAGGAUGAGAGAAUGACACAAUAUUGAGUUAAAGGGAAAAAAAAAAACGUGGUAUUUAUGCGAGCGUAUGUUCAUCCAUUCAUGUUUAAAUGUGGGCGUUACCCGAUAAAAUGAGGGCGUAGUUUAGCUUUCCACCACUUGUGAAUUAAGAUUUUAUUUUAUUUAUUUAUUUUUUUAAUUUUUUCCAAUUGCAAUUGAAACACAAAGUACAAAGAAGCAAUUAUCUUUGCAAUGGCUCAUUCAAAACGCUAAAUUAGCGGUUUAGCUUGCUCAAACAGCUGAAAUGCUCAAACAGCUUUGAAAAUGCUCUCAACAAAACGCAGCAAAAGACAUUUCUCUCGCGUAAUAAAUUACUCUGGUAGUACUGGUAUUAAAAAAGUCUAACGACUUGAAGUUCGUAGAAUUGACGUGGCAACUCCAAAAGUACUAGACAACUAAGCAAGAUGCUUCUUUAACAUUUUCAGACCAACCCCCGCCUCUCUGAGUCUCUUCUUCUAGACGGCAUCUUCACCAUUGUAAAACUGUUCAUUUCCACCACCUUACAAUGGUAAAAGAUCAAAGAAAUCGUAAAUCAUCUGACAAAAACUUCUUGAUAGGAUUCACCUGCAAUUCCGCCGCCGCAUUCAAACUCAUCCUCGCCGCCCUUGUCCUCCUCUUGAUCUGUACUUGCGCCGUUUUCCUCCAAUUCCUCCCCACUUACUUCCCUCCCUUCUCUUGCGCCACCACCACCACAACCACCGGACAACCAUCGCCACCACCACCACCAAAAGUAGAUCAGAUUCUCGAACACGGUGUCGUAAAACGAUGGUUUCAACCAUUUGGGUCCGCCGCGUAUAGCUUUAUCUUAAUGUCCGCCUACCGCGGCGGACCCAAUACUUUUUCCAUUAUUGGACUCUCUUCAAAGCCACUACAAGUCUACUCUCGCCCUACAUACUCUUGUGAGUAUCAAAAUUCGAAUAAUAAUAGCUCAUCUUUUGUCAAAGCUUACAAAAUUCUCCCUGAUUGGGGGUUCGGAAGGGUAUACACAGUCCUCGUCAUCAACUGUACAUUUCCUGCUGGGAUUGCAGAUGAUUCAUCCGUUGGUGGCCGGCUUAUUCUUCAUGCUCCGGCUACUAAUCAAAGGAACGAAUCGCUCAUUGCUAUAGUGGAACCACCAAAAUCAUGGGAUGUAUCUCAUUUUGUUUCCCCGCCGAAAUACGACUACCUCUACUGCGGUUCCCCACUCUACGGCACCCUCAGUCCUCAGAGAAUGCGAGAGUGGAUCGCCUACCACGUGAGAUUGUUCGGGGCGAAGUCUCAUUUCGUAAUCUUCGAUUCCGGAGGUAUCCACCCCGAGGUCUUCGAGGUGUUGAAACCGUGGAUGGACCUCGGGUAUGUUUCCUUGCAGGAUGUCAAGGAGCAAGAGAGAUUUGACGGGUAUUAUCAUAAUCAAUUCCUUCUUGUUAACGAUUGCUUGCAUCGAUAUCGUUUCGAUGCUAAGUGGAUGUUCUUCUUCGAUGUGGAUGAGUACAUUUAUGUUUCUCCGAAGUUGUCACUUAGAUCCGUCACUGAUUCGCUUGAGGAAUUUACUCAGUUCACGAUUGAGCAGGUUCCCAUGUCUAAUAAGCUCUGUCUUACUCAAGAUUCUGGCAAAACAUCCGAAAAAUGGGUGAUGGAGAAGCUUGUAUAUAGAAACGUAAAGAAAGUAGCAAGGAGGGACCGGAAGUACGCGAUACAACCACGAAAUGUAUUUGCCACCGGCGUUCACUUGUCUAAGAACUUCGAGGGUGAGUCCGCUCAUAAAACCGAAAAACUCAUCAAGUAUUUUCACUACCAUGGUACAAUAGCCACUCGCCAGGAUACAUGCCAACAGUUUAUCAACGACACUUCAACAACAAUAGGAGACGACACCCCCUUCAUUCUAGAAACUAACAUGAGAAUGAUCACCCCGAGUGUCAAAAGGUUUGAACUCGAAACCAUUGGAACUAUACUUCAAUCUACAAGGCAAUGACAAAUACACUUCACUAACAAUGGUAUGGUCAUUACAUCAACAGACAAUUGCCAUAAAAAAUGGCUAAUUUUUUUUAAUGUUACAAAAAUUUGUAACAUUGACGAACAAUGUUAGAAGGGAGGAUCAAAUUAAGCUGGCUGAUCAAGUGGAUAAAGGAAUCCUCAACUUUUUUGAA